CAAAUAAUUUGAGCAACCAUGUCAGACACGACGUUUUACACGACGACGGUGCCGCGCGCAGAUACUGACUUUACAGUACCUAAGAGAUAUUCAGAACUAAAGAUGAUUGGGAGAGGGGCUCAGGGUAUAGUUUGUUCUGCGUUAGAUACCCAGUUCGGUGUUAAAGUCGCCAUCAAAAAGUUUAUGAAACCUUUUCAGACUCAGAUACACGCGAAGCGAGCAUUUCGAGAGAUAAAGUUAAUGCAGCUUCUUAAACACAGAAAUAUAAUCUCCCUUCUUAACUUAUUCACUCCUUCUGAGUCACUGGACGGAUUUAAAGAUAUGUAUGUGGUAAUGGACCUAAUGGACGCUAAUCUAUGUAGAGUUGUUAACACUCAAUUAGACCACGAACGAGUCAGCUAUCUUCUCUAUCAGGUCCUGUGUGCUAUAAGGUACAUGCACUCAGCAGGUAUCAUUCACAGAGACUUGAAACCCAGCAACAUAGUUGUUAAGGAGGACUGUUCUCUCAAGAUACUGGACUUUGGGCUGGCUAGGAAUGUUGGCAACUUCAUGAUGACUCCCUACGUGGUCACCAGAUAUUACCGGGCUCCUGAGGUUAUUCUCGGGAUGCCUUACGAUGAAAAGGUUGAUGUGUGGGCUAGUGGCUGUAUUUUCGCUGAACUCAUCAAGGGAGAGGUAUUUUUCCCUGGAUCGGAUCACAUAGACCAAUGGCAUCAGAUCACGAGUGUCCUGGGAACUCCUGACGACUCCUUCAUAGAGAGACUUAUGGACACAGUCAAGACAUACAUCCGAAGCAAGCCCAGGGUACACAGACCAACCUGGGAGGAACUGGUACCAGACCACUUGUUCCCCAGUGGCAGCCCCAACGACAAGCAGCGCACCAGCGAGGGAAGGGACCUGAUGUCCCGAAUGUUGGAGAUUGACCCCCUCAAGAGACUGACUAUUGACCAGUGCUUGCAACACCCUUAUGUCAGAUGCUGGUACAGGCAAGAGGAGGCCAGCGUUAAUUGUCCUGAGACUUACAACCACGGCAUUGACGAGGUUGAACUUAACCCCGAACAGUGGAAGGAGCUAAUUUUCUCUGAAGUUAACGAGUUCACGCAGAAAUUCCCGAUCGGACACACGCCCGUCUAGAACAUACCACGCAUAGUUGUAGAGGCUCUUACUUUACUGUGAUGAACAAUUGAUUGACCUGCCUGAUAGUGCGAUAUAGUGGAUCACGUGAUCAAGAGAUAAAACCACGUGGUUACCGUUGUCAAGGAGACGUGUUUUUAUCAGACUAUUAAAAAUGCUUGUUACGAACUAACAAUUACUUUUAUGGUGUUAACUUUUUUGUAAAAACUUGAUUUCGUUAAAAUAUUAAAUGGGUCGUAAAGUAGGAUUCCGAUGUCCCUGUUUUGCACCAGUUUGGCCACUUUAGUGUCACUGAAAGUGUUACUCUUGAUGUAGUUGCGGUGGAACUGGUCGCACUGGUGCAAAGCCGGGACAUGGGGAUUUUUACUAGACCAUUAUAUGUUCUCCUCUUUGCUAAACCAAUGUUUUGGCAUGGAAUGACAUGCUUGAUACGCAUUCUAUUUAUGAAUGAAAUAUUUGCACACGCACCAACAAGAUGCCGAUAAGAUGCCGACAUGAACAUUGAACAACUUUCUUCGCGGAAUUUGCUUUUGAGUUAUUUUAUUGCUUUUGAAUGGUGAUUUGAGACUUAAAUGAAAGUUUUAGGUUAAA